AUGGCUUCCUCCAUCAACAACUCUCGAUCUCCCGCACACCACCACAAGCCAUCCGCGGGUGCUUCCGCUGCCUCUCAAAACCAUGCCGGCCUGCGACCUCCUUCAGCUGGUGCACACCCACGCACCCCUCACCACACCCCUUCCAACCGCAGCAGAGCCCCCACCGGUCCCAGCGUCAAACCUGUCAUCAUCAACUCUGCUGAGCCUCAUCAUGUGAUCGAUGGUCCCGGCGGCAGGAUCGCCUGUGUGGCCGAUGUGCGCGGUAAUCUCUCCCUCUUCAACCAGAUCGCUGCCGAGACGGGCGCUCAGGCCAUCAUCCACACCGGUGACUUCGGGUUCUACGACCACUCGAGCUUGGAACGCAUCAGCGACCGCACCCUCCGACACCUCGUCCAGUACUCGACGCUUAUCGAUCCCGCUCUCCGCACCAGGCUUCUUGCGGCUGACCCGCCUCGCGGUCCCGGUCCCGCCGACAAGGGCGCUUCGGCGGCCGCCAUGCGUCAGCAGAUUUCCCAGCAGCAGCACGGCUCGCUCUUGUCCGAGUUCACCGACCUGCUCACGGGCAAGAUCAAGCUGCAGGUGCCCGUCUUCACCGUUUGGGGUGCCUGCGAGGACGUCGCCGUCCUCGAACGCUUCCGCACGGGCGAGUAUCAGGUGCCCAACCUGACCGUACUCGACGAAGCCACGACCAAGGCCAUCGAGGUCGGCGGCAUCCGUUUGCGUCUCUUUGGUCUCGGUGGUGCUGUUGUUCUCCACAAGCUCUUCGACAACGGAGAGGGCGCGGCCACCAUUGCCGGCGGUCAGGGCACCAUGUGGACCACCGCUCUGCAGAUCGGCGAGCUGGUCGACACAGCGCAAAAGACGUUCGACCCUACCGAGACGCGUCUACUCGUCACCCACGCCUCUCCCGGUCGCGAAGGUCUUCUCGCUCAGCUCGCGCUGGCUCUCAAGGCGGAUCUCACCGUCAGCGCCGGCCUCCACUUCCGCUAUGGUGUCUCGUACAACGAGUUCAGCGUUCAGCACGAUGCCGAGAACUAUCGCAACAAGCUUCAGCACGCUAAGCACGCAUUUGGCGAGAUCUGGGACACCGUCAAGACGCAGGUGGAUGCCGUCAUCGACGAGAACCAGAAAAUGCUGCUCAACAACGCGCUUGCUGUCGCCAACCGGGUGGCUCCCACGGCGACUGCGACGGGCGCAGCCAGCGAGGAACCCGCCUGGAAGAACACCUGGAACUGGAACCUGCCCGAUGCUGCCUAUGGCAACCUCGUGCUCAGCAUCCGAGACGGCAGGGUCAGCGCCGAGACUAGGUCGCAGGGCUUCAACUUUGCCUAUCGCAGGAGCGGACAGCCCAUGACUGCUGUCACGCCCACCGCAGCGCCAGGAGGAGCAUCGGCUGUCCCCGUCGCCGCGGUUCCCGCAGCGAAGAACGCUCAACCCGCUGCAGCACCCUCGGCACCUGCACCUGCGCCUGUUCAGAAACUCAACGCCCCUUCGCCUUCUGUGUCCGCGCCGCCCGCCAAAGCAGCUCAUCCCAAGUCUCUCGAGGCCAGCAACGGCGCUGCUGCUGCUGCCGCCAACGUCGGUUCUGCUGCAUCGUCUACAGCUCCCGCCGCCCCUGCCGCCGCCGCCGCAUCUUCGACCAAACCCAUCCGGGAGAAGAAGGAGCGUCCCGCCCGCGAGCCGCGUGGCGGUCACGAAUCCGCCGCUUCGCGCUCGGACCUCGACGGUGGCCUCACCUCUGGCACGGACGGGCGCAAGUCCCCCUCCUCGGGUCCACGCAAACCGCGCAACCCAUUCACACUGUACGUCUCGCAGCUCAAAGAAGCGUUGCCGGUGUCGGAGGACGAGCUGCGGGCCUACUUCGGGCCUGCCGCGUCUGGCAUUGCGGGUAUCAAGCUGGUGUUCGAUAAGCCGCACCGACGGGGUGCGUCGAGUGGUAAGGAGGAGGCCGGAGAGGGGCAGCGUCGACAGCGACCGUUUGCGUAUGUCGAGUUUAAGGAUGAGAGUGCGAUGGCGGCGGGGUUGGCGCGACAGGGCGAGGUGUUGCGCGGGGAGACGAGACCUGUGUUGGAGCAGGCGGAUAGCAAUAAGGCGUCGUCGCCCGAGGAGAAGCGGGGUGGGAAGAAAGGUGGCGAGACGGAUCGGGAGGAGGAGACGGGCAAGAGUGCGGAUGAGAAGGUGGGCAGGAGCAACAGGGGGCGAAAGGAGCGCCCGUCCAGGGGAGAGAAGGGGGACAAGGUGAAGGAUGCGCCUGCUGUGCUGGCUGCCACCGCUCCAGGUGAGGUCGCUAGCGCCACAGAGGGAGUCAUCCCCUCCACCAGCGCAACCGGCAACGCAGGCAGCAACAAGAACAAGAAGAAGAACAACGGCCGGGACAAGAAGGACAAGAAGGAGGGCGGCAAGCCUGCGGGUGGAGAGGCGAAGAAGGAUGCUCCCGCUCCGGCUGCUGCUGCUCCCGCCGCACCUGCGCCCGCUUCCGCUCCGAGUGCUGCCCCGGGGGAGACUGCCUAA